ACGCGGGAGCGGGCGCACGGGGUGCAAGUGUGGCGGGCCUCAGGUUCUUCGCUCUUUGGUGUCGAUCUGAGAGCCACCGCCGGGCUCCGUGCGGCGCGGCUGAGGUCCCGGGUACGGACGGUGACCGGGAAGGCUGAUUCGGCCGUUUUGCUGGGCGCACUACCUUCGAGGUGGGCGCUAAGUCAAUAGCGGUUGUUGAUCGAGCAAGGUACCGCAUGUUGGAAGAUGCCAGCUACUGCAUAUGAAAGAGUAGUUUACAAGAGCCCCUCGGAGUACCACUACAUGAAAGUCUGCCUAGAGUUUCAAGAACAGGGCGUUGCACUGAAUGUAGCACAGUUCAAACAGCUGCUUGUUUCAGCCCUGAAAGACCUGUUUGGGGAGGUUGGUGCUGCCUUACCUGUGGAUGUUCUCACCUAUGAUGAGAAGACAUUGUCGGCCAUCUUGAGAAUAUGCAGCAGUGGUCUGGCCAAAUUAUGGAGUUCUUUGACCUUGUUUGGAGCCUAUAAAAGCAAGAAAUGUGCCUUCAGAGUGAUUCAGGUGUCUCCCUUUCUCCUUGCACUAUCUGGCAAUAGCAGGGAACACGUAUUGGAUUGAAUGCUCUUACAGUUCCAGAUACUUCCACUCUCGACAGUGUCUCUAGGUGUCUACAUAGUUUGAAAACAAAAGCAGGCCAAAGCCCCUGUUGAUGAC